AAAAGUGGUGCAGCCGCUGCUCCGGCCAGCAUCCUAGGCCCGCCCGCAGCCAGCUGUCGCCGACAUGGAACCCGUGGCCAGCAACAUCCAGGUCUUGCUGCAGGCAGCGGAGUUCCUGGAGCGCCGCGAGAGAGAGGCAGAGCAUGGCUAUGCGUCCCUGUGCCCACACCGAAGUCCGGGCCCAGUCCACAGGAGGAGGAAGCGGUCUCCCCAAGCUCCUGGCGCGCUGGACAGUGGGCGGUCUGUGCACAACGAGCUGGAGAAGCGCAGGAGGGCCCAGCUGAAGCGGUGCCUGGAGCAGCUGAAGCAGCAGAUGCCCCUGGGGGCUGACUGUGCCCGAUACACCACACUGAGCCUUCUGCGCAGGGCCAGGAUGCACAUCCAGAAGCUGGAGGAGCAGGAGCAGCGGGCCCGACGGCUCAAGGAGAAGCUGCGCAGCAAGCAGCAGAGCCUGCGGCAGCAGCUGGAGCAGCUCCGGGGGCUGGCCGGGGCGGGUGAGCGCGAGCGGCUGCGAGCAGACAGCCUGGACUCCUCAGGCCUCUCCUCUGAGCGCUCUGACUCAGACCAAGAGGAGCUGGAUGUGGACGUGGAGAGCCUGGUGUUCGGGGGCGAGGCUGAGCUGCUGCAGGGCUUCAGCGCAGGCCAGGAGCACAGCUACUCACACAGCAGCAGCACCUGGCUAUGACCCUCGCCUCCUGGAGCGACCUCUGCCCUCAGCCCACUCUCUGCUCUGCCAGGCUGGAGCCCUCACCAAGCCUCCAGGGCUGCUCAGAGUACUGUUGGAAUGGACUAAAAGGACCGUGUGGGAACAGGUGCUCCCCGUACCUUGCUGCUGGCAGUCCCACCUAGGACGGGGUGCCGAGCCCCCCUGAGCCCUGCAGGGCAGGCAGCUUGGGCCCAGGUCACCCUUCCAGGCGUUUUUUGUAGCACUUGGCUCUGCUGUCCACAGGGGCAGGAAGCCUCUUGGGUCCUCAUGUUCCUUCCUAAACAAGGGCCCCUGGCCUUUGCCCUCCACAUACUAUAUUUUCAUUAAAAGCCUCUUUCUUAA